CCUCCUGGCCUCCCGCCGCAGUCUUGGCGGGAAGACGCCGGCUGCUACAUAGCAGAAAGAUGUCGGGGUCUGACGCAGCGGCUGAGAAGGCGGAAUCCAGACAGCGACUCCAGGUGAAGGUGAAUGAAUAUAAAGAAAAUCAAAACAUCGCUUAUGUAUCUCUGAGACCAGUGCACACUACACUUCUAGGAAAAACAGCUAAGGUUUAUCUUGUCCCUUUUUCACUCAGUAAUCUAGACCAACUUAAGUGCUCCAAAUCCCUAAUAGAAAAGAAUUCUAAUAAUGAAGUGGCCUGUAAAAAGUAUAAGACUACAAUCAAAAAAACUUGCGGAAGUAUUUUAACUCCAAAGAUGAAAGCCACAUCUUCCAAGGCAGAGGCCACUCUGCAAACAUCAUCCUUAGAUGUUCAUACUGAAAGUAACAAGCCACAAUACAGCAAUUCAGAUGCUGUGAUUCUCGCUGUUGAUAUGGAAAGCAGUCAGGAUGGAGACAGUGAUGAAGAUACCACACCAGGCCUGGAUGAUUUUUCAGGAUUGUCACCAUAUGAAAGAAAGAGACUGAAGAACAUAUCAGAAAAUGCAAACUUUUUUGCUUCUCUUCACUUAUCUGAGUCGGCUGCAAGGCUUCGUGAAAUGAUAAAGAAGAGACAGCCUCCUGAAUCUAAGAGGAAAAAGCCUAAGAAGACAACAAAUGAGAUUGGAUGUAGAAGGUCGAUGAGAUUACUAAAUGUUGAUCCUUCAGGAGCAUCAUUACCAGCAACUCCAACACAGCCGACAUUAGUAGCAGAUGAAACUCAGCCUUUGCUACCACCUGGGCCUUUAGAAAUGGCUCCUAAAACUCGAGAUGACAACAAGGAACUAUUUAAAGGAUUUCUGCAGACAUGGACAGCAAUGAGCAAGACAAGUACUAAGAAUACUGAGAAGGAGUUAUCUAACAUUAAAAGCUACAAAGCUAAUUUAAAUGGCAUGGUCAUUAGUCAAGAUACUGUUCAGAAAGUUACUAAAGGCCCAAUAUUCUCAAUGGCUCUCCACCCAUCAGAAACUAGAACUUUGGUAGCAGCUGGAGCCAAAUUUGGACAAGUUGGACUUUGGGAUUUGACCCAGCAACCUAAAGAAGAUGCGGUUUAUGUUUUUCAACCCCAUAGUCAAUCAGUUAGCUGUCUUUACUUCUCACCUGCCAAUCCGGCCCAUAUAUUGUCACUGAGCUAUGAUGGCACAUUACGCUGUGGAGAUUUUUCCAGGGAGAUUUUUGAAGAGGUGUAUAGAAAUGAAAGAAGUAGCUUUUCUUCCUUUGACUUCUUGGCAGAAGAUGCCUCUACUUUAAUAGUAGCACACUGGGAUGGAAAUAUGUCACUGGUAGAUAGACGGACACCUGGAGCUUCUUAUGAGAAACUUAUCAAUUCUUCUUUGGCAAAAAUAAGAACUAUUCAUGUCCACCCAGUGCAUAGACAGUAUUUUAUGACUGCAGGAUUGAGGGAUAUUCAUAUUUAUGAUGCAAGGCGCCUAGAUGCCAGGGGAAGCCAGCCUUUGAUUUCUUUGACUGAACAUACAAAGAGCAUUGCUUCAGCCUAUUUUUCACCUCUCACUGGUAACAGAGUCGUGACCACAUGUGCUGAUUGUAAGCUGAGGAUCUUUGACAGCAGCUGUAUAUCCUCUCAGAUUCCUCUCCUCACCACCAUCAGGCACAACACUAUCACUGGGCGAUGGCUGACCAGGUUCCAAGCUGUGUGGGAUCCUAAACAAGAAGAUUGUUUCAUGAUUGGCAGCAUGGCCUAUCCACGGCGGGUAGAAAUCUUCCAUGAGGCAGGAAAGAGGGUACACUCUUUUCUUGGUGGAGAAUGCCUUGCUUCUGUGUGUUCCAUCAAUGCUAUGCACCCGACUCGGUAUAUUAUGGCUGGAGGUAAUUCCAGCGGGAAGAUACAUGUUUUUAUGAGUGAAACUAACUGCUGAGUUUUUGGUUUAGAAACCCAGUUUGUUCAAAUUGAUCACUGUCUAAGGGACCUAGUGAUUCAUGUGGCUUAGUGUGUUUACUUAGUGAUAUGCUAUAUUUAGCAAAUACAAAAUUGCUUUAUUAAUAAGAACUAUGAGUGGAAUGUCCUUUUAGUAAAGGAGAAGUCUUGGAGGAUGUUUCCUUUCUACAGAAUGGGGAGGGAAUUUGAGGGAAGGCUGAGGUGCCUUCACUUUUAAUCAGACAGUAUGUUGAGAAAUUCUAACAUUAUAAAUUAUAAAGUUUUGAAUGAUCAAUAUUAAAAGUUUUUGUGGUCUAAUGAUAUGGUUUUGAUUCUAUAGUAAUAUAUGGAUUUGUGGUUCAUUUUGUCAUUUGGAAUGAAUAUUUAUUUCUAGACUCACACACUGGAAGAGAUCCUUGAAAGAUCAUCUAACUCAGUGAUUUUUGAACCUUUUAAUUUUUUUUUAACCUUUUUGCCCCCUGCCUCUAAGGUAAAUCUUAUGUGAAAUACCAAGAUAAUUGCUGAGAAGCUUUGGUUUACCUGGGGCAGGGCCUGAGUCUGAGUAUGCUGAGCCUUUCCUUUCCUCCUCUUCUACCUGGCUCCUGAAACACAUCCAGGAAUCCCAGGGCUCCUAGGCACAGGGUUUGGAUCUACCCUGAUUCCUAUAUAGGGAUAUUCCAGUGUAAGAUUGUCCUCAGACCAGUGUUUUCCAGACUAUGGGUUGUAGCUCUUUACAUGAAAUCAGUUUAAUGACUAGUGUUUAAAAAAAUGAAAAGGAAAGAAUUAGUAAAGAACAGAAAACAUAAUUAGAAUAAGUAUUAUUUUGUAAA